CUGUAAGUCUCAGUUUUCUAACAUUUGCUAACUUCCAAAAUAGUCCGCAUAAUGGUAAAUGGCUUCAUAUAUACUCUGUAUGUCAUGGUUUUGGGUUUUUGUCCUGUUAUUUCCUUUUUUUUUAAAGUGUUCUCCUCUCCUCGUGUGUCUUGUUGUUUUACUUCCUGUCUUUAUUUGCUUUGAGCUGCCAUUGUUGGUUUUGUGUUUGUGUUUGGUUAUUUCGUGUUUUAUUUUGAAAUAUUCAUCUUCCCUCAUGUGUUGUAGUUUUGCGUCUUGUCUUUGAUUGCUGAUUGUUUUCACCUGUGUCAAUUGGCUUCACCUGUUUGUCUCCCAUACCUGAGUGUAUUUAAGUCUGUGUCGUCCGCUGUUCUGUGUCACAUAGUUGCUGUAUGUGUGUUAAGCGGCCUGACUUUAGUGUUCUGGGUUUUAGGCUCUGUUUCUUGUGUACCUUUGUUUAUGGACUUUUGGAUUUUGUUUUUUUGUCGGCUCCCUGUUUUUUUUUUUUUUUUUUUUACUGCUUACCUGGAGUAAGCCUAGUUCUUUUCAUUAAAACUGUUGAAUUAAACCUGCUCUUCCUGCUGUUAGCGUUUGGGUCCUCUUCCUGUUUCCCGGUUUGACACUUAAACAUGACAUGACAGCCAUGCAAGGUGCUGGCCUGACCAUCGGGAGCACUCUGGGGUUCAGUGUCUUGCCCAAGGACACUUUGAGCUAUGAACAGCAGGAGCUGGGGAUUGACCCGCCAACUCUGAUCAGUGAACAACCUGCUCUACCUCCAGAGCCACAGCCGUCCCAUGAUUUCAAUAAUGCUAAGCAACAUGUGCAGUUGGGAGAUACUGCAAGUAAUGAAGGGACAGAUGUUCCCACAGCCAGUGCUGCUGGCUCCUUAACCACCAGCUGUAUGUCUCUGUGGCUUUCAGUGCAACCUCAAACCUUUCAAUCGUUCAUCAGGCGGCGGCUGCUGCUGCAAAGGAGAGUGAGUGUGAGGACCUCAAGCUGUGGAGCUUCCACUCCUGGUGGAGAUCCAAAUGUGAUGGAGGCCAAGUGGCAAAGCAUGGUGAACCAUGUUCAGGACAUCAUGAACACACCACUACUGUAUUUCCCUGCGCAUCCACAUCUGGGGGAGAUGCAGGGAAAGAGGAGUGGGUGGAACCAGGUUGUAGUUGUGUACUGUAUGUGGCUUAGUGUAAGGAUUAGUGGUCCAGCCUUCAAUGUACUUGGUUUAUUUUGGUUCCAGUGCACGCCAACCAUAAAAUAAACUGAUGGGAAAUGUUCAUGCUCAUCAGUUUAUAACCCAGUGUUCUAUGAAAUGCUUAUCAUUAUUUUAUUAAGGUGACGCAACACACCAACAUUUGUUCUGAAGUAAAUCACAGGCAAUUCAGCAGGGAUGGGAAAUGAAUAAAAUCGUUAAAUUCUCCAGCUCCAUGUAUGAAUCAGAUUAUAUAUCUGAUGUUUCAUCCUAGUCUUUUUCAAGAUAGGAUUAAAAACAACUGAAUAAGGCAUUAUACAAAUCACACAAUCAUGUCAUAUCAGUGUAAAUAAUAAAAGCAUAUGUAGACAGUUCUAGUAUCAUCAGAACAAAACAUUUAUUCAGGAUCAAUGGUAGCAAUUAAACUGGAGAGUGUAGCUACUAGAACAGCAUUGGUGAAGGCUGUUGGCCCUACAGCAUCAGACAUUCUCAUUGCAGACAUUUCACUCCCUCAUCCUCCACUUUACACCAACGCACACAAGGUUCUCCUUCCUUGGGGAUCUACAGUUGAAAAAUGUUAUGUGAUGGUGAGAGAAUGAGUACAACCAAAACUAGUGCAGUCUAACACAGCAGCCCAAACCUCAUUGAUUUAAAAAAAUGGGGCGGACAAAACACAAACACCUCAGUAUUAUAUAAUUCAGCAGCACCACUAAACUGCAGACUCAAAAAAUUACCAUAAAGUUGAAUCAUCACCUCUCUAAAACAGUUUUAACAAAAAACAUAACCUUCAUGAAGACAGAAUUUAUUGCAGGGCUGUUGUAUUAGGCUGUAUUAGUUAACUUGGUGGACCUAAUCAACUGGAAACUGGGAAGUAUUUAUUGUAUUUGAAUAUUCGGCCCUGUCAGUGUUAUUAUGAACAUUACUCAUGUGAUGUAAAAACUUUUUUUUCCCUUACCCCAGCAUAUGCAGCGGCCCUUAUGGAGGUUCCGGGCCUCGUUUUUGUAGUUUGUGAUCUGUCUGAGCCCCCUCCAGACAGAACCAGAGUCAUUGGCUGAAAACUCUCUGAACCUGUCCCUGUUCCCACUCAUAAAUGCUUCUUCCUUUUUCAACCGUAUCUGUCUGAGUUUAGCCGUGAACCAGGGUCUGUCAGUGUUAUAACUCACCCAUAGCUUCACUGUUCUACUGCUUUGAUAUCCUCACCACAGGUUUAGACAGCUUUAAUUUCUAAUUUCUUCAGUUGGACUAUGACAUGGUCAGAGAGUCCCAGUGCAGCGCAGGGGACUGCGUGAUGGGCACUGUUGAUUGCUGUGUAACAGGGAUGCAGAAUAUUCUCCUCUUUGGUCGGGCAUUUAAUGAGCUGUCUGUAUUAGGGGGGUUCAUGACUGAGAUUUUCUUUGUCAAAGUCACCAAGGACAAUAACUAAGGAGUGGGGUUUGUCUGCUCCAAACACAGUAUCUGGUCGACAAGCACAUUGGCCUGAAUGUAAACACCAACCAGAAUGAAUGAAACAAAUUCAUCAGGGGAAUAGAAGGAUUUGCAGUUUAUGAAAAAUUAUUCCAGAUUAGGAGAACAGUGCUGUUGAACCACUGUCACAUUAUUACAGCCACUGUUAGCGUAGAAACAGGUACCUCCACCUUUCGUUGUGCUGGAAAGCACACAGCCACGUCUCUGUGAAGCAUAAAACGGAUGAUGAAGUUUUCUUCAUCAUCCGUCUGUUUUUCCCGGCCCGUAGCUGAAGUUCAUAGAGUUUGUGACAGUGAACGCACGUUGGAAAGAAUUAUUCCCAGUAACAGUGUGUGAAGUCCGCGCUGGCGGAGACGCACAAGCGCACCAGCACGUUUACCCUCCAGCUUUUUACUGCAUGGGCAUAGGUGACAACACCUUGGACCAGACUGUCCAAAAAUGAAUGACAUGAGAAAAGCGAGAAAUAAGUCAGCUGGUGGUGUUUCCCUGAUGAGCUCAUCUCUGGUGAAAGAGCUCUGGGUACCACAGCACAAAACUGACUUUACAAACAAAACAACGCGCAGCAACACAGCCACCUGCGGCACCAUCUUGUAAAUGUGUGACUUAUUGUAAUAAAAGCAUCAGCUAAAUAAAUAUGAUGUAAUCUUA